UUUUUUAUGUUAGGCAACAACGUUUGUUGAAAUAAGAACUGUCGAGUGUCAAUUAAUUGUGUUUAAUUCUUCAGAAACUGUUGUAUCAGGUCGAAUUCAUCUGACUUCAGAUACAACACAUCAUAUUCAUCAUAAAUUUGCUUGGAAAGCUAUAAAUAUUGAUGGAAAGCACGUACUUUUUCGAUGUGACGGUAUUUGCAAAGAAAAUCCCAAGUCAUUCAUAGGUGAUUUUUUUUCUGCUCCUGAUAAUUGCAAACAACAUUUAAUGUGCCAAAUUUUCACUGACCAACGGAAAUACAACGUUCAUACAUUGGGAGAUCCAAGAAAUCCGUUGACAAGAUUUCGUAGUGUAGAAUCAGUCAAUCUCCUUUUACCUUCCUUUAUUGUACGUUAUUUUUAUGAAUUUAUAGCUGCCAUUUCGUACUUUCUCUUUUAUGAUUUAGACAACAAUUCUGUUGGAGUUCAGCCAAGACGCGAAGUCUCGAUUUUUGGUUUAAAUGAUAAUAUAAACGAAACUUUUUUAUCUGAUAUGUGCAAUAAAACGGGUGCAGUCAUCGAAGUAUUUGUUUACAUGCAUCCUCGCACUAAAAAACAUUUGGGUAUGGCCUAUGUUGUUUUCCAAGAUGUCGACAAAGCCAAUUCUUUUGUUAGAAAAAAUAACGGUACUUCAGUUAUGGGACAAACUAUCACGUGUAUUAUUGAUCCGCUUAUAAUUGGUAGUAAUAACGUAUUUUCAAAAGCAAAAGAAAUAAGUCGACGUUACGAAGAGCAAGCAGUAGAAGUCGCGCCAGUACCGCGUUAUUUAUCCCGUUUGGAUCACAAUGUGUUGGUGGAAUUUCGGAAAACUAACCAGACGGAGACAUCUGAUCAUGAUGAUUCAACUGAUUUUGAAUAUAAAUCAGUUUCACGAAAUAACAGUUUAAAAGGGGAGUAUCAUGAAGACGAAAAAAAUGAAUCCCCAGCAUUUCAGAAAGCGAAAUUGAAUGCCAUACCUUCUACCAGUUCACAAGAGCCUGAAAAUUUCGUUGAAUUAAACUCGACGGCGCAGAAACAAAUUGAGAAUGUAAUAGUGCCGUUCCAUCGCGAUAAAAAUCCACAACAGCAUCAGGCAUUAGCUGAAGCUGUACUGCCGAAAAUUACUUCCAAAGUUAUAGGGGUUUUAGCAGAAAUACGAAAAUUCACUAAACGAAUGCUUAUUUUAAAGAAAAUUGGAUAUGUUACUCAUGCUGGAUCAACAGAUGAAAAUAUUCCAUCUUCGAGAGAGAAACCUGCACCUCCUUCAUCAGUUGGCCAUUUACUUAUUCCAGUCACAACUACUCAUACGUCGUCACCUUCUAUGGAAACAGCAUCAGUUCUAGCGCAUCAAUCACUACAUACACACCACAUGAUGCCUCAACAAAUCCCUCCGGCACCAUUUGCUUGUUUCCGUUCGAUACCACCUAAUUCCUCAUUUCCACCAGUGUUUCCUCCAGUUCCUUCUCCCGCUUAUUUUCCACCCUCAUCUUUUCCACCAAUACCCGGGCUGCCUCGUUUCUCCCACUGGCCAGAUUUAUCGCAACCACCACCACCACCAUUUAUCCCAGCAUCGCUUAAUACUUGGCCAAGAACAGAAAAAAAUGUUCCACCAUUUUUUCCUAUUGGUAAUGUGAUGCAAGCAGCACCAAAUUUUGUACGGGUACCGUCAAGCCCAGCAUCAGCAUUUUAUCAUACAAUGCCUAGUACUUCAGCCUUUGAUGCUUCAGCAGUAGUAGAUUCAGAAACAAUGCAGAAAAGAAGAGAAGAAGGGCAGUCAAAAGGAACAGUUGAGAAGCAGGGACAUAAUUUUUCAGUGAAUGAAAAUAUGGAAUUGAGCAGUAGAAAGCGGCAUCAUGAAUCCUGUUCAGCAUCCAGCGCUUCUUUGAGUAGCAGUUUAGAAAGUGAUGAGGAAAGUGAAUCAAGUGAGGAGUCCUCUCAUUCCAGGAGAAAUAGGCAAGUCGUGGUAAAAAAUAACGCUCGAGAGAAGCACGCUGCUACUUCAAGUCCAGUGCAGUCACCAGAUCUUGUUGAAGAAGUAGAAAGCCAUCAGCUGAUAAGUAAAGACAGAAAAUGGGAGAAACAGCAUGUUGAAGACAGUGAACAUUCUGUUGAGCCCAGUGUAGAUUUACCAGAUUUGGAGGGUGUCAGUAGUAAAGAUGAACUAAUCGAAGGGUGUCAGUUGCAGAAAAAGCAGUUGCUGGUUAUUGCACAUUUGGUGUAUAACAUUCAUAUGAAAUAUAUUUUCUUUAAUUUUUUGUCGUUAGCAAACAUAGGUGAUGCAAUAAGUGCAUAUGAAAUAUUGUCAAAGCGUACUCAAUCGCAACAACUACAGCGUGUGGACUGGCGGAAAAAGAGGUUAAUGAAAAUAAAACGUAAAAAACGUGAUCAAGAAGUUUCAAAUGCAAAAAAAAAUGAAAAGAGUCAUCGUUGGUCUUCAUCAUCAACUACCGAUUCACAAACAGAAUCAGACGAUUCGUCUUACAGAAAUUAUAAAAAAUCAAGUAAACGUGUCUUUCGUUCAUCGACAAAUAGACGAGAAGAUGGGAUAGAAGCAAUGUCGACAAGCAGUGAGGAAUCUCAAAAUGAAGAAUCAUGUUCAGAUAGCAAGUCACAACGAUCAAUAAAUUUUCUUGUGAAAAAAAAUUUGCCAAAUAACCAAUCGAUUCAAUCACUGCCAGUUCUUGGUUGCUCAAGUUUAUCAGAGAAGUUGUCUGAAGAUCUUCCUCUUCCAUACUUGACAUCUGGUAGCUCACGUUCGUUGUUUGAGCGACGACUGGAAAAUCUUUUUCGAUCGACUUCAGUGCAGCCUGCAGUAAAGUGUUUAAAUUUCGUAGACUUGAGAUUCUUUGAAUGCAAAGUCGCCUGAAA